UACCCGCUUCACAAGUUGAAUUGCGUCCUAUCCAAAACCUUGAGCAGUAUGUAGGACAGACGCUGGAUAUGAAAGUUAUCAGCCUGAGCAAGCGGCGGCAUAACAUUGUUUUAUCUCGUCGUGCAUGGUUGGAAACUGAACUUGUCCAAAAGCGAUCAGAAGUUCUCAAUACAUUGGAAGUCGGUCAACUUGUGACAGGUGUCGUGAAAAAUAUAACCGCUUUUGGUGCGUUUGUUGACCUCGGUGGCGUUGAUGGUUUACUCCAUAAAACAGAUAUGGCGUGGAAGCGCAUCCAUCAUCCGUCUGAUGUCGUCUCGGUUGGUGAAGAGGUUGAAGUCCAAGUUAUCGGUAUCAGCCAAGAAAACGAGAAAAUUUCGUUGGGCUUGAAACAGAAGACUUCGGACCCAUGGGCAAACAUUGAGGAAAAAUAUCCAGUUGGCUCUACAGUUCACGGGGUCGUUGUUAAUAUUGUGAACUAUGGCGCGUUCUUACAGUUGGAAGAAGGCGUUGAGGGUUUGAUUCAUGUCUCUGAAAUGGCAUGGACGCGUCGUAAUGUUGCCCCCUCACGAAUCGUCAAUAAGGGUGAUGAUAUUGAAGCCAUUGUGCUUGAAAUCUCAAGGGAAGACAAACGCAUUUCACUGGGACUCAAGCAGCUGCAGCAUAACCCAUGGGAACUCUUGGAACAAAGGUCGCCCGUUGGUAGCAAGAUCACCGGCCGUAUCCGAAACUUAACGAGUUUUGGUGCGUUUGUUGAAAUUGAGCCGGGAAUUGACGGGUUAAUUCAUACUUCUGAUCUCUCGUGGACUAAACGCGGUGCCGCAGCCAAUGAGGCACUUAAGGAAGGUAGUGAGAUUGAGGUCGUUGUACUACAGAUUGACGCGGCUGAACGCCGGGUCUCAUUAGGACUCAAGCAGACGCAACCUGAUCCGUGGGGAGAAGUACCCGAGAAGUAUAAAGUUGGUUCUGUGGUCCGAGGUAAAGUUGUCAAUCUCACCAGUUUUGGAGCGUUCACCAAACUCGAAGAAGGCAUUGAGGGUCUGAUUCACAUCUCUGAACUCGCUGACCGGCGAAUUGAAAAGCCGGAGGAAAUUGUCUCCGUAGGCGAUGAGUUAGACUUAAAAGUGAUCAACCUAUCGCCGAAAGAUCGGCGCAUUGGGCUGAGUUUAAAAGCACUCCUCGCCGAACAAGAGCGCGCUGCAGCACCUGAUGAAGAGGAAAAACCAGCAAGAACGCGUCCCGAACGCCCAUCUCGCUCGCGACGAGAACGGGAACCGCGACGACAAUUGCCGGUACACGAAGAGACUGUCACUACAUUGGGUGCCUUACUCAAGGAGGAAAUGGGCAAGUCAAACGCUGAGAACGUUGAAAGCCCUGAGCGCGUUGAAAAUGUUGAGAGUGCCGAGAGCGUUGAGAGCAUCGAAAACGUUGAGAGUGCCGAGAGCGUUGAGAGCAUCGAAAUCGUUGAAAACGUUGAGAGUGCCGAGAGCAUUGAGAGCAUCGAAAUCGUUGAAAACGCUGAGAGUGCUGAGAGUGCUGAGAGCAUCGAAAUCGUUGAGAGUGCCGAGAGCGUUGAAGGCAUUGAGAGUGCUGAGAGCGUUGAAAGCACUGAAGAUGCCGAAAACGUUGAGAGUGUUGAGGAUACGGAAAACUCUGAGGAUACGGAGAAUUCCGAAAACACGGAAAACUCUGAGAAUUAGAGUUCUCCGUUCCUUUGUCUCAGAUCCUUGCUUUCGGAGGGGAAACCAAAGACAAAACCCCGCUAAAUAUGGACCGGGGUUUGUUUGCUUCCGUUUUCGUUAUUA